CCUUUAUUUGUUUCUCCAUUUGCGAAGGAAGGUGAAGUAGAAAUAGAAGAAUAAGGCUAUGGUGAAUUGGUUCAGAUAAGGAAGAUGACAAUUCAAUCACUGCCUUCAAUCUGCCGCCCAUCCAUUUCUCUCUUCCAUUUCAUCUCUUUCGAUUCCCAUUAUCCUCUCAUUCCUGCAAUUUCUCCACCCACUAGAAGAGCUCUCUCUUUCUCUGCACUCAUAUCCACCGCCAUUUCAACCUUCCCUUCCUCCUCUUUCGCCGCUCCUUCCAAAUCCGCCGCACCGGAUUUCUUCGACCUCCCGGACUCGGCCGGCGUCAAGGCGCUGGAGCUUCGCACUGGCUCGGGUGAAACCCCCAUUGACGGAGACCAGGUUGUGGUUCAUUACUACGGAAGGUUGGCAGCAAAACAGGGAUGGCGCUUCGAUACAACAUAUGAUCACAAAGAUGAAAACGGGGAUCCCCUUCCUUUUACGUUUGUUCUUGGCUCUGGGAAAGUUAUUGCGGGAAUGGAAGCAGCUGUGAAGUCCAUGAAAGUUGGUGGCAUCCGUAGAGUCAUCAUUCCACCAUCCCAAGGAUAUCAGAAUACGUCUCAAGAACCCAUUCCACCCAAUUACUUUGACAGGCAAAGGCUAUUUACCACCAUUUUUAAUCCAACACGUUUGGCAAAUGGUGAAGGUUCGAGCCUUGGGACUUUGAUAUUUGACAUUGAGCUACUUCAAAUAAGGCAUCUCACCAAUAAGUUUGCAUCUCCAGGUUCUUGAAAACACACCAAUUCUCUACUUUUUAUACACCACUGUGAUUGUAUUUAAGUUUUGUGCAUCAUAUACUAGCUACCGUAGUGAAUCCAAAACUUCAUAGUAGAGGGCACAAUUGUUUAUAAGAUUAGACGUUUAGUCCAUGUACUUGUAAAUUUGUAUCUUUAUAUAUAAAUCUUUUUAGUAGAAAUGGAUGCAGAAGGUUUGAACCACAUACCUUUUGAAUCUCAACCUAUAUUGAUGUCAAAUGAUGUAAGUUGUUGACAAUUUGUGUCUAUAUAUAUGGUCACUAAACUUUAAAAUGUGUA